CACGCGCGCGCGCGUGAACAACUCCCAGAGCUUCCAUCGCAUUUUCCACACCAAACCACCACAUAGGAGAAUCUCAGACCAAUCCUCCGCCUCUUCAACACAUACACACACACACAAACACACCACCUCUAAGCGAUUGGCUUGCUAGAUUAAAUAGACGAAACCAAAGAAAAAGGAAAAAGUCGAAAGCGACCCAACCACACGCAACCCAGCAUGGACUACCAGAACCGCGCCGGCUCCAAGUUCGGCGGCGGCGGCGUCGCCUCCUACUCGGCGACCAACGCCGACCGCCGCGAGCGCCUGCGUAAGCUCGCCCUCGAGACCAUCGACCUCGACAAGGACCCCUACUUCUUCAAGAACCACGUCGGCUCCUUCGAGUGCCGCCUCUGCCUCACCGUCCACCAGAACGACGGCUCCUACCUCGCCCACACCCAGGGCAAGAAGCACCAGACCAACCUCGCCCGCCGCGCCGCCCGCGAGCAGAAGGAGGGCAGGGGCCAGAACAUCGACCCGGCCACCGGCCUGCCCGUCGGCGUCGUCGGCGCCGGCUUCGGCCCCAAUGCCCAGCGCCGCAACCUCAUCAAGAUCGGCCGCCCCGGCUACAAGAUCACCAAGGUCCGCGACCCCGUCACCCGCCAGCAGGGCCUCCUCUUCCAGCUCCAGUACCCCGACGUCGCCCCCGACGUCGAGCCCAAGUGGCAGGUCAUGAACGCCUUCACCCAGCGCGUCGAGGAGCCCGACAAGAACUUCCAGUACCUCCUCGUCGCCGCCGAGCCCUACGAGACCUGCGGCUUCAAGAUCCCCGCCCGCGAGCUCGACAAGCGCGAGGGCAAGCAGUUCAGCUACUGGGACCCCGACGCCAAGGAGUACUGGCUCCAGGUCAUGUUCAUGUCCGAGCGCGAGGAGCGUUACGUCGCCGCUCCGGGUACGAGGAGGUGAGGUGCGCUCGCGUUUACAAGAGGGAGAAAGGGUGGCAGGGGGGGGGGGACGGAGUAACGGCUUUCUUCUUUUUAUUUCGGAUGGUCGCGGUGGGCAUGUGUAUAAUCAUUCAGCAUGCGUGCUGGCGCAUUGCAAAGGCAAAUGUCUGAUGUGCGGGAGCCCGGCGGAGAUUAGCUUGGCGUUCUUGGCAUCCAAAGAUGCCCCCCGACCAGAUCCCAGCGAUCAUCUGGGCUCGCAGGCAUGUGAGCUGUUCGGUGGAAUAUCCUCUCGCAGACACGGCAGAAAAGCACCCCCGACAAGAUAUUACGGCGUACGGCGCAGGUCAAGGCAAAAUAAAAAGUUGCACACAUAAGAAUCACAAUACCAGACAGACAGCGACAAUCAUGGGU